AUGCGAUUCAUCCGAAACAUUGUGUCCUCCAUCCUACUGGGCUUGGCAGCGGCAGCAUACGACCCGGCACUCGACUCGGAAUGCGCCAGCGACGGUAUCUGCCUGUCGUCGUUUAAAUGGUGCAGAUACGACGCCUUCAACCCCUCUGGCGAUGAUUGCGACUGGCCACAGGGCGCCAGCUCAUUGUGGGCAAGCGGCGCCGGCGCGAGGACGGCCCUCUUAGAGUCUGAGUAUGGGUACGACAUUGCAUGGCGGCAUGCGAACGGGUCGCUUCCCGUGACGAUCCGUUGGCUCAGCAGCUUGCCGGACGAGAUGCCGGGAAAGGAGGACGACCAGGGCUUGCGCACCAUCUACGCUACGAACCUGACCGCCAACAAGAAAAUGUCGGGCACGUACCGCUUCACGCCGCAGACGAUACUAGACGCGUACCGCGCGAACCCCAUGCCCGGCAUCACGAUGGAGGCGGCGUGGCUCAUGGCCCGCACCCGGCGGAACGUCAUCACCAUCUCGCAGCCGGGCGCGUCAUCGGAUGCGCCGGCCGACUCCUCGCACAACUUUCUGCUGGCGGAUGCGGAGCUCGACCAGGUACUCGCGGACAGGCGACAGGCGUCUGCGCGGGACCUGGCCGCGAGCCAGAAGAGGUGGGGGAUCGGUGUCGGCGUCGGUGUCGGGAUCGGCCUGCCGCUGGUCGUGGCGCUCACGUGGAUCGCGGCGUGUCGUAAGGCGACGGGCAGGAAGGUCUGGAGCGUGCGAUCGUCUGACAAUGUCAAGUUUGGCAGGGCGAAUGCGUGA